AGCAAGGCCCCUCUCCCUUUCCCCUUUCAGAAGCAGGCUCCGUGCUCCCGCCGCCAGGAGCUCGGGUGAGGCGGGGUAACCUGAGCGGUGCCGGGGCUCGCCUCGCCCUGCAAGCGCCGCCGCCGCGCGCCCUCCCCUCGCUCCUGCAUUGAUUAUUCCGGAGCGGCGGCGGCGGGGGAGGCAGAGGGGCCCUGGCCUCGGUGUCGGCAGCUCCCACCCCUCCCUCUCGCCCGCCCUGCCCGCCCAAUUCCGCAACUGUUUCCCAGAGUUGGCUCCGGGCAGAGGACAGCGCCGCCGCUCCCCACAGCGGCGCGGCCGGGAGGCGAGGCGAAGCGAAGCGAGGUAGAAAUCUUCCAGAAUCCUUGAGGAUGACAUCCGGUUAAGAAAAGACAGAGACCAAAAUCGUGCCAAUUUCCUGGAGGCUGUGAGUAUUCGUGCAACAAAGGGAGAGAAAAUGGAAUGUGAAGUCCCAGUCUCUGAACAUAAAAGCAUCACCUCGGUGGCUUCACCACAUGCAGCAGACAAUCAAACCCACUUCUUUUCCCCUGUUACGAGUCACAAUGGAUUUAAGGACAGGCAUGAAUCCCUGGACAGUGAAGUUGCUAAAGAAAUCAGAUACCUAGAUGAAGUACUUGAAGCAAAUUGCUGUGAUUCUGCUACCGAUAACGCCUUUAAUGGGACAGCUUCCCCUGAACCAAGCACAAUCAUUGUGGAUGGCUCUGGUCCAUCUGUUUGUGUUACCACUGAUUCAGUACCCAAUGAAACAGAAGGCAAAAUAAUUCACAGACAAGGACCCCCAGUCAUUGAACAGAAUGAAGCUAACACAGUGGCUGAGAAACUGAAGCCUAAUGGCCACUCUUCAGCUGGAUUAAACGAAGAAGUCUAUGACAAUCCAAAAGUGCCAGCGAGCCCAAGUUCUGCAACAAGUUCGAGAGUUUCUAAUGAUGGGGAAUUAACUUUAACAACCAUUAAGAAAGAGGCUAAGUUUGAGCUUCGGGCCUUCCAUGAAGAAAAGAAGCCAUCCAAGCUCUUUGAAGAAGAUAACGAAAAGGAGAAGUAUAGAGUCCGGAAAGUGAGGCCAUCUGAGGAAAUGAUAGAACUUGAAAAGGAGAGGAGGGAGCUUAUUAAAAGCCAAGCUGUAAAGAAGAACCCUGGCAUUGCAUCCAAGUGGUGGAACCCACCCCAGGAGAAGACCUUGGAGGAACAAAUAGACGAAGAGCAUCUUGAAUCCCAUAAGAAGUACAUGGAACGCAAGGAGAAGCAACACCAGCAAAGCAUAACACCGACAUCACCAAAACAGGUGUCCUUUCCCUUUGUACCUCCAGAGCCAGCUUCUAUUAAAAAAGAGGAUAUUGUCACAGAACAAAUAGAUUUUUCAGCUGCCAGGAAGCAGUUUCAGUUGAUGGAAAAUUUGGGUCUGUCUAACAGUCAGACUGCUCCAAGAAAAUCAGGGACUCCCAGAAUGUUCUCCAUCAAACCCUUCUACAAAACCAUUGGCCCAUCAGAAGUUGACAGACCAGCGGCUUCUGUGACGAGACCUGCUUUUGUGUGUGGGCAACUGGGACAGCCUGAGAGCAAUGAUAUACCUAUUGUGAAAGCUCAGAAGGUCUCCUGUAUCUUAGAGGAUUCUCAUAUUAAUAUUCAGAAUGCUACUACUGACCUAAUAAAAGAGUUGUCUCAUAGCGAUACCUCAAAAGCUGAACAGGCAUCAAAAUUGUGGGCAGAGGAUGGUGAAUUCAUGAGUGCGAGAGCAGUCUUUACAGUGGUAAAGGAUGAUGACCAUGGCAUUUUAGAUCAGUUUUCAAGGUUGGUUAAUGUCUCUUCCCCUCCAGAGGAGCUGGACUCUGGUUUGGAUGAUCUGUCUGUGAGAUCUCAGGAUACCACCGUUUUGGAAACUCUUUCCAAUGAUUUCAGCAUGGACAAUAUCAGUGAUAGUGGUGCCUCCAAUGAGACCAUGAAUGCCCUCCAAGAAAAUUCACUUGCAGAUUUCUCUCUGCCCCAGACCCCCCAGGCAGAAACCCCCUUGGACUGCCGAGUAGAAGGUGUUUCUAAAUCAUAUAGUGAUCAAGGCUUUUACUCCCCUUCCUCUACACUGGCAGACUCCAUGCUGAUAGAUGACCAGUUGGAAUAUCAUGCUGGCCUUCUCGUUCAAAAUGCAAUUCAACAAGCCAUAGCUGAGCAAGCUGACAAAACAGGCUCUAAGGAAGCAAAGGAUACGGUGGAGCAGCAGAACCCAGUGAAAGAACAGGAAACAGUCAGCACAACCCUAUGUUCUGAGAAGCAGCAGAGCACAAUGUUUGAGCCACCUCAGGUGUCUUCUCCUGUUCAAGAUAAAAGGGAUACAAUACCAAAGACUUCAACAGAUGAAGACACAGGACUCAGGGAAGGGAAGGCUUCACAACCAUCCCCAGUAUCUACUGUCAGCCAGCCAUUCGUUGUAGAAGAAAACCGACAAGAGGUCAGUUAUUUUAGCAAGUACUCUGAGGCAGCUGAGCUGAGAAGUACUGCUUCUAUUUUGGCUACACAAGAGCCAGAGGUGACUGUGGGUCCUUUUAAGCUAAGGUCAAGGAAGCAGCGGACUUUGUCCAUGAUAGAAGAAGAAAUCAGAGCAGCCCAGGAAAGAGAGGAGGAACUGAAGAGACAAAGGCACGGUCUACAGAUGGCACAGACCCCUGUUACAAAGAGUGCCCCUCCACUGCCUACCACCAAAACAGUGUCUUACAAAACUGCUCCAGGGAAAAUAGAGAAGAUCAGGCCUCCACCAUCCCCAACAGCAGAAAGUCCCCUCUCGCAACCUGACUCACUGCCUGAUGAGGCUGCAGGAUCCCAGCGCCCAAAGAAUUUGAUGCAGACCCUCAUGGAAGAUUAUGAAACGCACAAGACUAAGAGGCGUGAGAGGAUGGAUGAUAGCAGUGUCCUUGAGGCUACCAGGGUGAAUCGCAGGAAGAGCGCCCUAGCACUUCGUUGGGAGGCUGGAAUAUAUGCCAACAGAGAAGAAAAUGAAUAAUCCCUGUGCAACAUGAAGGCGGAUUGGGAUGGAGAAACCAAAAAAAAAAAAA